ACAUUAACCUCUUUUUGUCACCCAAUGACAAUUGCGUACAAUUAACAAUUCUAUUUACGUAUUUUUUUACAAUUUUAAAAUAGAAUGGUUGAUUGUGAGGAACCUGAGCCCGCACCUUACAAAUUUCUCGUCAUUGGAAUAAUUACCAGCGAUGAUUUUCAAAAAUGCCGAUAUGCACUUGCAAAACUACAUAAGAGUUUUCCCAAAGAGUUUGACGAACCAGACAUACGACCCAUGCUUGAUGUAGAGUGGAACGAAUUUAUUACAAAAUAUCAACGAAGAUUAGGUAAUGGAUUAUGGUCUCUAAAGAAUCGCGUGGCAGUAUUCAAAAACGGCGAUCUACUCGGAGACUUUUUAGAUCUGAACGCAUUCAUUUGGAAAAAAUGGAAAUUUGUUUUCAACCAAAAUUGGAGGAGUAUUGCCACAGACCAUCUGUUUGACUUUCUCCAGGACAAAAUUGAUCAUUGUCGUCAACUUGCCUAUUUAACUAUUGCUAUAAACAAUCGGGUAAUUGGAUCAUUAUUAUUUGAGUUAUUUAAUGACUUGGUACCACUAACAUGUGAAAAUUUUAUGAAAAGAUGCACUGCUCCCGAAGGAGGUUAUGAAGGUGCACCAAUUCAUAGAGUCGUUCAAAGCUCGUUUAUUCAAUGUGGGGGACACAAUAUAGACCCCAUCAUAAUGCCAUGCGAGAAUUACGUAGUACCUCAUAACAGAAGAGGGGUACUUUCAAUGUGUAACAAUGGAAGGCAUAAAGACAACAGCACUCAAUUCUUUAUAACUUUGGCCAGCGCUCCUUGGAUGGAUUAUAGAUAUGUUGGAUUUGGACAAUUAAUUCAAGGAGAAAAUAUUCUCAAAGCUUUAGAAGAAGUAUCAACCUAUUAUCAAGCCCCAUUGAAAAAUAUAAGGAUUGUAAAAUGUGGAGAAUAUAAAAUUUCACUUGAGCCAAGCAGUAGCGGCUGCCUUUUCACCGUUGACGAAAUCGAAGACUGGAAAGGCUCUGAAAAACAAAUCGAUAUUAUCACUUAUCUAAGAUCGCUCUAUCAACUGGGUGGUGAAGAUCACAAGUUUAAUGAUGAGCCUACAUACAUAGAAGUCUAUAAACAAAAAGGGUCCAUUGAUACUUUGUUAAGUGAGAAUAAAUUAAAACAAGACCUUAUCAAUCGAGGAAAACGGAUUAAAUCAAACACACCGUUUAAUCAUUUGCCUGAUUUCUCAAGUGACGACGAAGAAGAUGUUGAUUUCGAAACAUGCGGUCCUGAUUAUCCUUUAAAGAAACACAAACAAUCCAUUUAUGAAGUUGAGUUGACACCUGAUUGUUCACACACAACUCUUUAAAUAAAUUAUUUGAUUAUAGCAUAA